UCAAGAAACAAUGAUUGAAUUUACAAAAAUUGAAGAUGAUAUUACACCGGACAAAUUCAUCAAGUUUUUGAUUAAACAAGAAUCCAUAGCCGAAAGAAGAGAUAAGUGGGAAAGUUCAAACAAUGAAAGUUCACAAAACGCUAAUAGAAAUGCUAGAUGCAAUACAAUCAGACCAGAAAUAUUCUAUUGCAAAUUUCAUAACAAUUAUCAACAUUCCUCAAGUCGUUGUGAAUUAUCGAUAACAGAAAAAUUGAAAAUUGUUAAUCAAAAUAACUGGUGUAAAAAAUGUGCAACGCAUCACAAAACAAUUGAAUGUAUUCGAAAGAAUCUCCAAUGUAAUUCAUGUGGGGAGGAUCAUCUCAGCUACAUGCACAAUCUUAUCAAAAAUGAAACAAAUGUUAAAACGACAGAAUCUGAUGAAAUGGUCCAACACGUUCAAGAAACAAAAAUUGCUAUAAACAAAGGUGAAAAUUCUUACGCUGAAACCGCAACAGCUAGAAUUGUGGCUAAUGGUAAAUUUGAAGAUCUAAGAAUGAUUGUUGAUUCAGCGAGUGACUUCAGUUUCAUUGACAAAAAAUUCGUACAACAACUUAAUCUAAAAAUAUAUGACGCUGGCUUAUCUCUAAUCUUGAGAGGAAUAAACCAAUCUGAUGAACCGAAAAGAACGUCAAAAUUUACGUAUCUGCAAUUCAACACAAAUAAUCGAAAUAAAAUACAAGUAAAAUUCUUUAUUGUUGACGGAUUGGAGGAGGCCUUAGGAUAUUCAUCGAAUCCUAAGGAAUUAAAUCACUUGAUACCAAAAGAAAUAAUGAAAAAUUUGGCUGAUCGAUCUAAUAAUAAAUUAUCAGCAUUAAUUGGACUAGAUCAACGUUAUAAAAUAUAUCGACCAAAUAACAUUCAAAUAAUAGAAAAAUACGUUGUAAUUGAUACAAUAUUUGGUUUCAUGAUCUCCGGUAAUGAAUCAAUAAAUGCACGAACAACAAGAACAUUUGCAUGUGAGUUUUGUUGUAUUUUGCAUUUCAUCUCGAAGGUCAAUCCAAACAUUAUUAAAGAUCGACGAUGA